AUGGUUUCGUUCUUUGGUCUAAGGUUCGGGGACAAGAAGAAGAAGUCCGACGGCAAGCCUGCCCCAGGGAAGCAAUUUCAGCCCCGAGACCAGAACAGUGUGGGAGAGGGACAGCUAUUUGGGCAGAGCAUCAACCGAAAAGGCGUCGUCAAUGGCAGCAACGUGUCCGUGUCGCGGGCAGGGACGCCCAACCAGGGCGGCAGCGGCAAGUCCCCGUACGCGCUCUCUGAUACACACAACCUUGCCGCUGCCAGCAUGUACAACCUGAGCACGCUCCGUCCUGGCCACAGAGGCAGCCAAACGAGCCUUCACCUCAAGAUGCAUGCCUCCGAUGUGAAUUUACGAACUCGGUUCGGCGCGAACAACGGGUCGUCGGCGAGUUUGGCCGCCCCGGCACCUGGAUUUGGGGCGCGUUUCGGCGCAAACAACGCAUCAUCGCCGACCCUGGCAGCCCCUGGCCCCGGAUUCGGAUCGCGGCCAGGGACGCCCGGCAGGACCAAGCCUUGGGUGAAUCCGUUGGAUGUUCACUUUGCGCGCAGUGCGCCUUCCGGCCCGCCAACACCGCGGUCUCCGCUCAUCGGGUCACCGCAGCUCCCGCCCACCCCGACCACGGACAACGGGGACUCUGGAUCAGUGUUUGGCGAGGAGGCGGACGAAAUGGUGGACGCCGUCAUGGCCUCGGUCAAGAAGCGGGAGGAGGAGGCGAAGCGAGCAAAGGAAAGGGAGAAGGAGUUGGAGAGACAGAGAGAAACCGCUCGGUUGGAGAUGGAAAGGCUGGAGAGACAGAAGUCUACGGAGAGCAACCUGUCAGGUCGGCGACCCUCAGCACCACAGGUCCAGAGUGCGCCGCAGCAGACAGACCCAGAGGCACCGGUCCUGCCAAGUCUCGUGUCCAGAGGCGAUGAGGCGAGGCCGAGUAGCCGCAAUGGCCCGGCCACGCCCCUGCGCCCACCUCCACUGCAUCAAGGACCCCCUCCCACGGCCGCUCCGACGCAGUGUCUACCCCAGCCCCCAGGGCAAAACUCACCCCGACAUGGACCUUUAGGGCUAGGAACACGGCCGAACACCGCUGGGGCCCACGUUCCUCGGCCGGCAUACGCCGACCUAGUUGCAAAUCCUCACCGCGCCGAGCCGGAAGGCCCCAAGCCUGAGGGUCCUCCGCAAAAGGUCUUCAAACCCUACAGGCCGCCUCCUCUCCAGGGGACCAGCCCACUUGGUCCUUUACCCGACGAUGUUCGCUCGCCCAGCCCUCCGCUCAGCACCCCGGGCAUUGAAAACCGUCCCUCACGAGUUUCUGUGCUCAUCAGAAGCGCUUCCAAGGAGCAUCGUCCUGCGAUGUUUCACCCAGAACCCCCAAAGGCGGCGGCCGCCGACGGCCGGAACACACCGGGUGCGGAGAGACAGGGCCUAGGGCCGCUAAUAUCGUCUCUGACCUCGCCUUCCACUGCCACCUCCCCAUCGGGAUCGAUUCGGAGGUCGUCACUUGACGAUGAGCCAAGCGAACAAUAUCCGCGACCCGUCAUCCAGAACGUCCCCGCGAUGCGCGACACUCUGGCGCUCAGCAGCUUGUCGAUGAAGAUUGAGGAGCUGGAGAAGACGCUUGUAACCGCACAGCAAGCGCACCAGGGACAGACGCCGCGAAUCCAGGACGCCAACAGAACCAGCACCAGUAGCAGCGUCUACAGCGAAGGCAUCAAGGAAGAGGACGAUGAAGACGACGACGGACCGAUCCUGCCGCCCGUUCAACUUGCUCCGCUCCGCAUUCCCUCUCCUAUUUCCAUCCCGCCCGUCUCUCCUAUGUCGCCCCCCGCCGUAGCCUCACCCACCGUCAACCGGCCGCAGAGUCCCUUACGGGGACCGCCUAGACGCGGACCUCUUCCACGCCGGCCGGGGUUGGAGGAGUAUGGAGUGUCCAGCAACAAGGUAGCCCGUGGUGGGACCCCGACACCGGGCUCGAGGAGCGGGAGCACCGACAACUACAGCACGCACAGCUCUCCGCCUUCGCGCACCAACACGCCGCAGCUCCGCCAUCCCAACUGGCGGCGCGACCUCGGCCAGCCAAGCCCAGCGCUAACCGUUGACACGUCCUCCGAGCGGCCUCGCCCACCAAACCCCGCUGUCGACACGGGCUUCAACUUCGACUUUGGCCUCCACCCCAGCGCCGGUGCACCCCCGACUCCGGAUUCGACCACCUGGCCGCUGACGUCGCCGACGACCGCUGAGAAGACGCCCUCCGCCUUGCCGCCGCCCACGUCAGAACCCAGCGCCCCGACACAGCCGCCCAAGACCGAGCAGCCAUCCAAAUUCACGCGCGCCAAUGUCCCGCCGCCGCUCAACCUCAAAUUCAACUUCUCCCCGGACGCGCCGUCGCGUGACCCGAGCAUGGGCAGUCCCGCGAUGUGGACGCCGCCGCCGCCGCUCCGGUCGCUGACGGCGGAUGGACGACCAUCCACUUCGGCCGGGCCCGGUUGCGGCAAGGGUGGUGGCGGCGGCGGUGGCCUGGCCGCUUCGCCGAGGCUGAUCUCUCAGUUCCCGGAGUCCGUGCCCAGCGACGAUGACGCAGCGUCUUUCAUGGGAAUUGGGGUGGCGCGGGGGCCGAGUAUCAAAGUGGCGAGGAGGCCCGGGACGGCCGGGGGCAGACCGCCGCCGCCGCCGGCAUCGCCGGUGGUGGAUUCUUUCGGGACAGGGUUCAUUUGA